AUGCCAGAGGAAAAGUCCCCAUCAGAAAAUGGAGAAACUACAGGACUUCCAAAGUGGCUCGACGCAAAAUACUUUGAGAAGACGUUGCGAAAAGUUAAGAACGAUUCAACCAUCGACGUUCGGUCAGUAGAGGUGAAAUAUGCGUUUCCGAAGGGCGUUAACUAUGCAAGUGUGAUCUACCGAGUGCGUGUUAGUUUCCGCACAAAAGACCAGCAAACAUGCAGUCGAAGUUACAUAGUGAAAGGAAAACCGGAAACAGAAAUGGCUAAGCAGAAACUCGGGGAGUAUAAUGUGCAUGGAAAGGAGAUGGAUAUUUAUCAAAUAGUGAUCCCAGAAUUUAAACGACUAAUGAGAUCGAUAGGAGACCGAACCCAUCAAUAUGCGAGUACACUGUGCAUUGAUAGGGAAAGAGAUGUGAUCGUAUUUAAAGAUCUCUCUCCGCUGGGCUACUUAAUGGUGGACAGAUUAAGCGGAUUGGAUGAGAUCCACACGAAAAUGUCACUCAAGUUGAUGGCAAAGAUGCACGCCAGUUCUCUUAAAUUGGCAGAAAUGCGUCCAAAUAUAUUUGAAGGAUAUAAAACUGGCAUGAUGACCCGAGAAACCGAUGCAUUUUAUCCAAUGUUCUACUCAAAUUUCGACGCUUUGACUGAAGAGAUCAGCACCUGGGGCGCAGAAUGGCAAUAUUAUGCCACCAAGCUUCAAAAGCUGCGACCUCACUUUAUCGAACAAGGUCUUACGGUAUUCGAUCAUCAGUGUGAUGAUGACUUACGUGUACUUGCACAUGGCGACUUGUGGAUCAAUAAUCUACUGUUCAAGUAUGAUGCUAGUGGGAACCCUAUCGACGUGAUUCUGCUAGACUUUCAGUUUUGUUCCUACAGUACACCGGUUAUUGAUUUAUGCUACUUCUUUUUCACCUCAACCAAAGACGCUAUUCGGCAGGAUCACUUUGAGGAGUAUGUGCAAUAUUACUACUAUUUGCUGGCUGAAUAUACAGAAAAAUUGAAAUAUUCGAAGAAAUUUCCCACCUUGCACCAGUUCCAGAGACAAUUGUUGAAAAAAAUGUUUUACGCCGUGUACUCCUCUUUCAUAGCAUUGCCCGUACAGAUAAACGAGGAAACAGCCGAUGCCGAUUUCGAGGCACUGAUGGGAGACGAUGAACGGGCGCAACGCUACCGACGCAUCAUCAUGGCCAACACAAACUAUCAGAAAAUUGUGAAAGGUUUGCUUCCUAAGUUCGACCGUAAAGGUUUGCUAGAUAAGUUGGAUUGAUGGCGGCUGCGCUUGGCGACUCUGGGCGGUUGUCUGUUGCUGUGGACUGUAUGGAUUUAGUCCCGAUAUCGUCAAGGGGUGUUUGUAAGUACCUAAAUUUCAGUUGACAACCUGCACGCAAUAAUGGCGUUCACCUGUGCUUCAAGUAGGAUUGAGUAGCACAAGAGAGUUAGCACAAGUGUAGAAUAGCAAUUUAUUCCGGUUAGUGACCUAGCGAUAAAACAACCGCAGGCGCACUUCGGUGCCUGAAGUGACGAAUAUCCCACAGUAAAUGUACUGUACAAAUAAAAAUUCAUCAGUUUUUUUAUCAAAAAAGCAUUUGAAAGUGAAAAAUGAACCAAAUUACUUAAUUAUACAUCAU